AUGAUUUCAUUAGAAACAUUAAGAAAAGAUAAAUUAACUAUCAUGUCAUAUAAUAUUCAAAUGUUAUCUAUUCCUUUUAGUAUACAUUUAAACAGUUGGAUGAGAAGAAAUGCAAUAAUUGAAUAUAUCAGUGCCCUUGAUGAUUUAUAUAAUAUUGAUAUAUUAGUACUAAAUGAAGUUUUUACAAAGAAGAUUUUUGAAUUAUUAACAAGUGGAGAAAUGAAAAAGAGAUUUCCAUAUCAUACAAAUGUAGUAGGAAAAAGUUAUAAAAGCAAUUCGUGUUAUAAUGCUGAUGUUUUAUAUGACAAAGAAAAAGAUACGUCUUUAAGUUCAAGUGAUUUAAGUAAGAAUGAAGAAACCACUUCCUUUUUAACGCCAAAUGUAAGAGAUAAUAUGAUAAAGAUACAAGAAAAACUAAUUAAAAAUAAGAAUAAUAAAAAUGAAAAAGAAAUUUAUGAUAAUAUAAAUCUCUCAAAUUUUGAUACUAUCACUGGGAAUGCUAAAUUUUAUCAGCUUUUCAAUGGGGGUGUAAUAGUUUUAUCAAAACACAAAAUUUUACAAAAACAUGCAUUAAUAUAUUCCUGUAGCAAAUUUCCUGAUAUAUUUUGCUCAAAGGGAGCUAUAUAUUUAAAAUGUCAUGUAAAAAAUAAAAUAAUUAAUGUUAUAGCAACUCAUUUACAAGCUGGUGAUAAAAUAGAACAUCAAAAUUCUAGACUACAGCAGUUGAGUGAAUUAUGUAAAUGGGUUUACGAGGGUAUUCCAAGUAAUUUUAUUAAGAAAUAUGAACCUUUAUUUUUUGUUGGUGACCUUAAUAUCAGAUAUGAUGUUGAUAAAUUAUUUUUAGAAAAAGUUUUAUCAAAACAUUUUUUAAAUAGUUAUAUUACAAAAGAAUCAUUAGAAACAACUUUUGAUACCUUCUUAAAUGAUUAUUGUAGAUAUAUAGAAAAUGAUUACACUUAUAAAUAUAAACAUACAUUAGAUUAUAUAUUAGUUUCUAAUGAUUCUGAUAUUAAAGUUAUUGUUCCCCAAACAGCUAUUCAAGAUAAUUUUAGAUCCUUGUUUUUCAUAAAAUUCUUUUUGGGAUUUAUACCUUAUAAAACUACAUAUAUACAUCACCCUAGUGAUCAUUUUCCUAUAUAUGCAACAUUUAAAAUUUAA